CUGUUCCUGCACCUUUAAGACUUAUUUCUUGAGGAGUGACCAGCCUUCUUGGACUCCUCUACCCUCCAAGACCGAAUCCCUCAGAACCCUCUGUACUAGUCUCAUGAACAAUUCAAAAUCUCCCCUCUGGAAGCAGAAGGUAGAAGUUUUGCCAUCCCCUCCCCUGCUGCACAGUGGCUUCCAGCUCAUCUUGUUUGUUGCCCAUGCCGCAUGCCUUGGUGUAGAUACACUCCAGCUGAGCCCCUUGCCUCACCCCUAAUCCCAUUAUCACUCCUCUAGGCUCAUCUCUAGCAUGCCUGGUUUUAAUCCCUUCCCCCUUCAUAUAUAGCUGAAAGCCCUCUCUACAAGGCCCUGCGCUAAAGGAUCUGUUUCCCCCUUUGAGACAGGUGAUACCCAUCAGCAGCUAUCAGGCCAGGUGCUGAAUAGAACAGCAUCAUAGAAUCAUAGAAUUGCUUAUGUUGGAAAAGACCUUAAAGCUCAUCAAGUCCAACCAUAACCUGACCGUACUACCCUGACUAUCAACCCUCUGCCAAAUCAUGUCCCUGAGCAGCACAUCCAAGUGGUUUUUACACACAUCCAGGGAUGGUGACUCAAUCACCUCCCUAAGGGAGCCUAUUCCAGUGUUUAACAACCCUUUUUGUAUAGAAGUUUUUCGAGAUAUCUACCCUAAAUUUACCCUGGUGCAACUUGAGGCCACUUCCCUUCAUCCUGUCACCUGUCAACAGUGAGAAGAGACCAACCCUGCUCUCUCUGUGAGCACAAUGAGACCACAACUCUUUGGGGCCGGCCAUCCAGCCAGUGUUUCACCCAGCAGAGCGUACUCCUCUCCAGACCGUGGACAGUCAGCUUCUCCAUGAGGAUGCUGUGGGGGACAGUGUGAAAGGCUUUACUGAAGUCCAAGUAGGCCACAUCGACAGCCUUACCUUCAUCCACUAAGUGGGUCUCCGUGUCAUAGAAUAAAAUCAGUCCUUUGAAACCAUCUUUUAUAAUCCUUAGGCUUCUGCUAGAGACCUCAUCACUGCCAGCCUGAACUGCUAAUGAAGGGCACAAGAGGUUGUAAACUUAAAGAGAGAAUAUGGGUGAAAAGAAGCCAGAACCUUUGGACUUUGUAAAAGAUUUUCAGGAGUAUCUUACACAGCAGACUCACCAUGUGAAUAUGAUUUCUGGAUCUGUUAGUGGAGACAAAGAAGCAGAGACUCUUCAGGGAGCUGGGACUGAAGGGGAUCAGAAUGGGCUGGAUCAUCCUUCUGUUGAAGUUUCACUGGAUGAAAACUCAGGAAUGUUAGUGGAUGGAUUUGAAAGGACAUUUGAUGGAAAACUGAAGUGUCGCUACUGCAACUAUGCCAGCAAAGGAACAGCAAGGCUGAUAGAACAUAUCAGAAUCCAUACAGGUGAGAAGCCACACAGAUGCCAUUUGUGUCCCUUUGCAUCCGCUUACGAACGUCAUCUGGAAGCUCACAUGCGAUCACAUACAGGUGAAAAACCAUACAAAUGUGAAUUGUGUUCCUUCCGCUGCAGUGACAGAAGCAACUUAUCUCAUCACCGGAGGCGUAAACAUAAAAUGGUGCCCAUCAAGGGUACGAGGUCUUCCCUAAGUAGCAAGAAAAUGUGGGGGGUUCUGCAGAAGAAGACCAGCAACUUGGGGUACAGCAGAAGAGCGUUAAUUAAUUUGAGUCCACCUUCUAUGGUGGUUCACAAGCCAGACUACCUUAAUGAUUUCUCUCAUGAAAUCCCAAAUAUCCAGACUGAAGCCUAUGAGAACAUGACUAAGUCAUCCCAGUCCAGUGGGUUGCCAAGAGAUCCACAAGACCUCAUGGUCGAUAAUCCUUUAAACCAGCUGUCUACGUUAGCUGGACAGUUAUCCAGCUUGCCACCUGAAAACCAAAAUGAGAGAGGAUGCUCUCCUGACGUUGUUACCUGCCAAGAUGAAAAGCCUUUCAUGAUGCAGCAGCCCGCUACACCCGCUGUAGUUUCCUCUGUGUCAGCAAGUAUUGCUCAGAGUUCAUCUCCAACCAGCCCGGAUCCUCGGCCUGCACACAACCAAAGGAACUACAGCCCAGUGGCGGGGCCAAGCAGCGACCGCAGCGCCCACACCAGUACUCCCAGCAUAAGUAACAGCCAGCCAAGCACUCCAGCUCCCACCCUUCCUGUUCAGGACCCCCAGCUUCUGCAUCACUGCCAGCACUGUGACAUGUAUUUUGCGGACAAUAUCCUUUAUACCAUUCACAUGGGAUGUCAUGGGUUUGAAAAUCCUUUUCAGUGCAACAUAUGUGGGUGCAAGUGUAAAAAUAAGUAUGACUUUGCUUGCCAUUUUGCGAGAGGUCAACACAGCCAACAUUGAGAACAUGCUUUCAUUUAGUUUUUUAACAUAUCGCAAUAUAUUUUUCAUACUUCCUGAAUGCUUGCACAUUCCCAUAAGGAAAAUAGGUUUUAAACUAUUGGACAAAGGAGGCAAAUUGAUUUCUGUGUUGUCAUGAAGCUUGCCAGGGAAAUUUUGUAUAAGACGUGGUGGUUGUUUUAUACGUAGCCUUUAAAAGGAGGGAAGAAAAAAAGAGAAAUCAACACACUCAAAGUAUUAUAAGAAUUGGAAUGUAUGAAGGUGUUUUGGUUGCUAAAUUUCAGUCGCCGGCUCUUAAAAUCCCCAUAGACAUUACAGGUGUAGAAACAGAGCAUCCCGACACGUUGAAUUAUCAGAUUGGUUAGAUAGGAUAAAAUACUUUAAGCACGAGCUAUGAAAGGUUAUUGCAGAGGCAGAUGUGGUUGUUUUGGAGCCUUAUCCCUAAAACCAUAGCUACUAUCAAACUUAAAACACAAACUGAAGCAACUUUCACAUACAAAUGGAAUUCAAUUUUAAAGCUCACUUUAACCUGAUGAGGUUAAUCUGUUUUUGCUUAGUAUAGCCCAAACUGAAAACACUAAUUUAACUAUUAUUGUUAAGAUUCACCAUGAAACUGGAAGAUAAGAGGUUACCAUGAGUGAAACUCUGGCAGGGAAAUAAAGUUAAGAGCCAAUCAUUCACUGCUUAUAAAAAGAAGGAAUAAACGUGACACCUUAUCUGAAGCUGCAAAGUACCCUUAGCAGAACUGUAUCCAUGGUCGGAGGAGGCGAUUCUUGCAGUGCUGGCACAGAUCAGCGUUAACUGCCUUAAAUAAGUUUGUACAUGUCUUUUGCACAACUCCACUUCUGUCCGGCUGAUGGAAGUUCUAACAGAAACAAGAGGUUUAUGAGUUAGAACCGUAUAAUGCUCAGUUAUGUCUUGGGCCAAGAGACAGCUGGUAGGUUGCCUUGGAAAGCUGUGUAAUCAUGUUCACUGCAAACUUGGGCUGACUUUGAAGUCAGUUUGUCUGGCAUCCAUCCCCAACAUUUGUUGUCCCUUUGGUGUGCUGGAAGCACGGAGAGGAGCUGAGGGUGCGUUUGUGGUGGGGUUGGGUUUGUUUUGUUGGGUUUUUUAAGUCUUCAUGUAGUAGGCAGGCAAAGAAGCACUGGCUGGCUACAUUUAAUUCAUCGUGAUUAAUAGCACACGUACACGAAGGUGUAUGUGAAAUCCAUUGCACAUGUUUAUUUAAGCCUUUACAUGUUACUUUAGAAGCACCUAGACUAAUGGACAGACACUUUAAUAUGAAAUAUCCUAGUAGAACUAAUAAAAGCUCUUGAUAUGUUACACUGGUAUUUGUAAUGCUUCAAAAACUGAAGAACCAUUACUUCUACCAUACUUAGACAUGCACUUUUACCUUAGUUUGUCUUAUUGGAGACAAAUUAAAGCUCCCCUUAUAUGUAUUCCCCCUCUCCCAUCAGGCAAAAUAUGGCAGCCAAAUGUUUUGUUACAAAGAAGGAAGAUUUUGUUCAUGUUCUGGUAAUCAGUGUCUGCAACCUGAAUAGCGACUGGUUGGUGAUUCAGGGCUGUAUUGCCUACAAGGUUUUCUAUUUAAGGAGAAUAUGAAGGGGAAAAGAACCUGAAAGUUUUGGCACCAGAGAUGAUUUUCAAUGGAAUGAAUUAGGAAUUCAGGAACUGAACACACUUAACCUAAUUAAUCUACUGCUUCAGUUUCAGGCUUGGUUUCAAAUGCAUUUUAGUGAGUCGGUAUAACUUGAGAAUACGAUUUCCAUUUUUCAUAUGGUACUCAUCGUAAUCCUCUACUGUCUCUUUCUUGCUUUAUAAUUUAACAUUGAUUUUCAGAAAAAAAAACUGCAGCUCUUUGCAUGAACUGCAUGCAGAGGACUUGCAGCCACGUGUCCUUUUGUAUUUUAAAGGCUGUGGUGAAGCUGAUUGAAUUGGAAUCUACUUGUAAGGCAUCGCUCCUGUACAGGUUGGGUAACAUGGCCUUUCCAGUCUAAGAACAGUACCAAGGUGACACAUAGAGGUGGCUAAAUUACACAGUAUUAGAACCACAGAUACAUUACAAUUAGUAAUUUCUAGAGGUCUUUUUUCUUACCUUUUGAUAUAUGGUGCAGUCUUUAAUUGCUGGGCUCUGGCAGCUGCAAGGAAACUUUCCAGGUUGCUUUGCUGUAAGGAAAACCUUCCAGCUGUGUGUUACAGCAGCUGAGUUUGGUUUGUGGCUCCGCUCUUUGAUACCAGAGGGAUCGCUGUGAUUGUGUUCUUCCAUUCUUUACACUGUUAUGAGUCCAUUCCAACUUUCCUCAGCAGUGCCUAUAAGCAGUAUGGACUGUCUAGUGCAGCAACUCCUGAACCGUAAUUCCCUGCAUGUAAUUUGAGGUAGAGCUGUCAGGUCACUAGAAGGAGCUGAUAACAAGAGGGAGACUGCAUGACCUUAACAAAAGGGGCCCUAUGUAAUACUGUGUGUUCUGUUGUGCCAAACAGUUCCCUAACUGUAAGCAGUUCCUUCUGAGCAGGUUUGGAAGGAGUGUUGUCCUACUGCUUUUGUUGUACAUACUGUUUACUAUGGAGAACAGAACUAAUAGUGGAAGAUGGAUGACCAACUGUUGCCAUGCUCAAAACAAGCCUUACACCUUCAGUCAGUGAGGGAUUCCCUUAAGGAACCACAGGAUCAAAACCUUGGUUAGUGAGACUAUCCACAUUGGCUUCUCCAAUGUAUUAUAAGGCAGUAGAGAGCAUCUUACCUCGUAUUCACAGGGGAGUUUGGGAACGAGCUGAGCUGUUUUUUCCCCCCAUACCUUGACUCUGGUAGCUUCUGUAGCAGCAACACAUUUAAGUUAAUGGGUUUGUUUGUUUCUUGUGAUAGAUUAUUUUACAGAUCUGUCGAUAUCCUGAACAUGCAUUAUUUAUAGCGCUCUUACUACACUCACUACCUGGAGAAGGAACGAUCCAGCAAGCAUGAAUAUGUUGGUAGAUUAUCUCAGUUAAUACUUAAACCAACUGUAAGGCAUCUAACAAAGAGUAGCAAGGGUUGGUUUGUCACAGAUACAACGCUUAGAUAAAGUUGAUUUUGACAUAAAACUCAGACGUGUGCCAUUGUUUCCUAGCAAAACGAUCUGUUGGGUUUUCUGUUCCAGGAUGUUUUGGGGGUUUGCUUGUUUGCUUUUUGUUCCUCUGGACGAUGGGAAUGUAAUUUAGACGUCUUCACUGGCAAGUUUGCUCUUAAUUUUCAGCUUCUUUCAGCACGUGGAUGAUUUGGUGCAGGAAAAUAUAUACCCUGCUGAAGCAUUUUUCAUUGAGCAAUCUUUGUGUCUGUGCUUCUAAGUACCCGCUUUGUUAAUAAUACGUAUUUCAGUGUAAAGAGCAUAUUUUGUAUGCAAAAAAAAAAAAAAA